AUGGCUGGUUCAAACCCAUUCCCGCUUCCUCAGGACGCGCUUGAAAACGUUGAAAUCAGGGCAGAUAUUCCGGACAAUGCCAAACACCUGUUGACGGCGGAUGCAUUGGCAUUUGUCGCUACCCUUCAUCGUACAUUCAAUGAAAGAAGACUGCAAUUGCUCGAGGCAAGACAAGGUGUCAGAGCAAGUCGUAAUAAAGGUGUUUUACCCGACUUUUUACGAGAAACCCAAUAUAUUCGUGAAGACAAAACUUGGACUGGUCCGGCUCUGGGGCCGGGUCUAAUUGACCGCCGCGUGGAGAUCACUGGACCACCUGAUCGCAAGAUGGUGAUCAACGCGCUCAACUCUAAAGUUGCUACUUACAUGACAGAUUUUGAGGAUUCCAUGACUCCAACCUGGCAUAACGUGAUUGAUGGUCAGGUUAAUCUUUAUGAUGCUGUGAGACGAGACUUGACACUGGUUGCUGGUAAGAAGACUUAUCGUCUCAACACAGACUCUGGAAGACACAUUCCAACUCUAAUUGUUCGUCCUCGUGGGUGGCAUCUCAGUGAGAAGCACAUUAUUGUUGAUGGCGUCCCUAUCAGUGGGUCUCUGUUUGACUUUGCGAUUUAUUUUUAUCACAAUGCAAAAGAAUCCAAGAAGCAGGGCUUUGGCCCGUACUUCUACCUGCCUAAGAUGGAGCAUCAUCUCGAGGCGAAACUCUGGGCAGACGUUUUCAGUUUCGCGGAAGCCUAUAUUGCUUUACAAAGAGGCACUAUCAGGGCCACCGUUCUCAUUGAGACGAUUGAAGCGGUUUUCCAAAUGGACGAAAUUAUCUAUCAGCUGCGUGACUACUCUGCGGGUCUGAACUGUGGUAGAUGGGACUACAUUUUCAGUUAUAUCAAGGUUCUUGGUUCCAGUAGCGAGUUCCUAUUACCUGACAGAUCCCAGGUUACUAUGAAGGCUCCUUUCAUGUCUUCGUAUGUGAAACUGUUGAUCAAGACAUGCCAUGCAAGAAAGGUAAGUGCCAUUGGAGGAAUGGCUGCUACCAUUCCAAUUAAAACCGAUCCAGAGGCCAACCAAAAGGCCAUGGACGCCGUCCAAGCAGACAAAUUGCGUGAAGUUCUCGCUGGUCAUGAUGGAACUUGGAUUGCCCAUCCAGCACUUGCAGAUACCACUCUGGAGAUAUUCAACAAACACAUGAAGGGUGCCAACCAGAUCAGUUCCACUAAGGACGAUGGAAUCGCGGUGACCAAUUACCAUUUGCUGAACCCGCACAUCCCGGGUGGGGUUAUUACAGAGGCUGGUAUAAAAUUGAAUUUGAGAAUUGGGCUUUUGUAUAUUGCCAAUUGGCUGGAAGGCGUGGGCUGUUCUCCUAUCAAUUACUUGAUGGAGGAUGCAGCCACGGCCGAAGUCUCGAGAAUGCAGUUGCACCAAUGGGUCAAACAUGGUGCGCACUUGAACAGCGGCAAGCAGAUUUCUGUGGAUCUUGUCAAAGGUUUUUUGGACUCUGAGUUUGAAUCUCUGACCAAGGGAUUGGACUCCAGGAAACGAGCGAGUUUUGAUAAAGCCAAGGAGCUUUUUUCAGCAGACGUCUUUGGUAAUACAUUCGAGGAGUUCAUCACUUUGAGAGCAUACGACGAGAUCGUCAAAAAUGAUUCCAAGCGGGCUGUGAGUGCUUCAAAGAUCUGA